GUGACGCCUACAGUUCUCUUCGUGCACUGACUUCAACAUCAAUAAGCAAAGCUUACGGUCGCGUGCGCCUGAAAGUGUCCAACACACACCAUAUCAAGCAUUUCUUGGUUUGUUUUUAGUUUACUAAAUUUGGAAAUGGACCAAAAGGACACGGAAAUGAAUGAAAAAGGAGUCUCGUCUUCUACCAGCGGAGUAGUUGUUCAAGUCAGGGAGAAGAAAGGACCUUUACGCGCUGCCAUCCCCUAUAUGCCUUUCCCAGUAGCAGUCAUCUGCCUGUUUCUCAACACAUUUGUGCCCGGACUGGGCACGUUCAUCUCAGCCUUCACGGUUUUGUGCGGAGCGAGGACGGAUCUGCCUGACCGGCACAUGUGCUGCGUGUUCUGGCUGAACAUUGCAGCUGCCUUCAUUCAGAUCCUCACUGCCAUCGUCAUGGUGGGCUGGAUCAUGAGCAUAUUUUGGGGAAUGGACAUGGUCAUUCUUGCAAGCUACAGGGAACAGGCCGCACCCCAGCAGCUCUGAUUGCUGCGCUUGAAACUUAAUCUUGAAUGUGCACCUUUUUCCUGUGCUGUCUGGUCAACAUUAAUGGGAGUUUUGAGAAGGCCCCCAGGUAGCUUGGGAGAUCCAGGGGUUGAUCACAUAUAGAUUCACAGUCACACUCCUGUUGUUACUUCCUGUCAGGUACUAAAUAAAAGGGACUUGACUGUCAAGAGACAGAAAAAAGUAUGAAUAUGAUCUGUGAAUAUCUCAAUAAUUGUACAGAUGUGUGAACCAUCUAUGUGCCGAACACAUACUUUGCCUGUCAGGGAAAACCGAUAUAGUUUAAACAUGCUCUAAUCUGUAAUAUGCUCUAAUGUGUAGUAUUAAUGUGCACUAAAUUGACCAGUAUACACUAAGGACAUAUGAAUGUCUUAAACUGGUGGACCAGGGCUAGUUUAACUUUGAACUCCAGUAAAUAUUUCUCAGAGUUGGUUUAUUUUUUAAAAGCCAAUCAUUGUAUAGACACAUACCUUAAAAGCAACAAAAAGCUAUUGAAUAUUUCCACUGUUAUUGCCAAGGAAAAAGAUGAAUACAAUUUGUCCUUCUGUGACAAAAUAUACCUUUUGGUUAAAAUUUUCCUUCAUUGUAUGGUUGACCCUUUCCUGAAUGUUUGCCAGUAUGGUGUAAUUAUGUUCACUUGUUUACCUAAGAGCAAUUAUAAAAUAUGACAAUAUCUGAACUAGAGUUGUGUCCCAAAUUACGCACUAUACACUAUACACUCAGUCAUGUAGUGUAUGAAUUUUCAAAGUGUAGUAUCGUCCCAAAUGGAACACUUCACGUUUUUUGUACUACACAGAAGCAUUCGCCAUUUAACAGCUGACGGAACUGAUGUUUCAAACACAUGCAAUGUGUUUGCUAGUUGCUACAUUCUCCAUUAUUUACAAUUGUUUUGUCAGAUGAACAAUGCAACCAGGUAUCUCCGCCCCUUCCGCAAUGGGCGGGCCCUGGAUUUUACAUAGAAAUUGGCCCAAAAGUUGUUGAGCGGGGUUUGGGGUUGUCACUGUCCUUUUCUGCAUAUCGUGGUCCCCUUCAGCAUAUCGCAGCGUUGCUUUGCGGCCCAUUUGGCAUAAUGCAGCAGCCCGUUUCAUCUUAUCGCCACCUGUUCAGCACCGUUCGGCCCCAUUUCGUGGCCGGGCCACUGUGAAAAGUCCCGGUUCUCCCUAUAGCCUGUCCGCCCCGUCUUCUGCUACGUACGGCAAGCCGCGAGGGCUGAGUGCAUAAAGUGUCCAAAAUUCCACACCCCGUUUGGAUGGUUGAAGAAGUGCAUCAUCCGGGUACUUAUAGCAUACUUUUGUUGCAUUUUCAGUGUUAACAUACUACUCGCACUACUAACACUUCAAAAUGACUUAGAAUAGUGCAGUAGUGUGCGAUUUGGGACACACCUUCGGUUUUUGAAACCUACAUACAAAGCCACUGCUGUAGAAAUCACGCGUUUGCAUAUUUUGACUUGUCUCAAAACCUUAUAGUCACUAAGAUUUAACCUUUUUGAUAACUUCCCAGUGUGCAACUAGCUCCGGUCGCCACUAUUUACAUUUUUUAAAGAGCUGUCCAAUGAAAAGCAAAGCAUAAUAAUGCUGAAUAUUUUGCUUCCCACAGAGCACUGUAUGAAUACAUAUUACACUGAAUAUUUACUGUAUAUGGUCAUGUGCAUUAUCCACCUUAUUUUUCAGUGAAACUAGGGCGCUGCCAUUAUCAACCUUGAAUGUGGACCACUUCAGGUAUCAGCCACUUCCAGCUAUUUUAGCGAUACAAAAAUAUUACAUUAUGCUGCUUUAUAUUACAGGCUGGCAGUUUAUGUCAUCAUAUUAUUAUCAUUAAUUAUGAUUUUUAUAAACUCAUUGGUUUUGAAUGCAUAUAGUUUUACCAUAUAUCGCAUUUUGCCAUCGUUGUAUCACACUGUUGCACAGGCAGAAUGAAUGAGAGGUCAGGCGCUGACAGGACAGUCCUCCGCACCGUCUGGAACACCUCAACUUUACACAACCAGAAGAGAGAAGAAAGCCGCUGGGCAAAUGCUGCUUUAACUUUCUUUGCACCAAAACUGAAUCUUGUUUCAUCUUGGCAAAUUAAUAAGCGCAUUUUACUCUCCGUUCUUGUCAGAGAGCAUUCUCUUUGCAAAAUAAGGUGGAUAGUGUUUAUAGUAUUUCUUUAUUGUGUGCUGUGUAUAACUCAAAUUAAGCCUUAUAAACAGGAAGUGUGUAAUUUUCUAUUUGUUUUUGUUAUCUCUACUAGUCUGAAAUACACAGAGACCAACAGCUAAAAACAAAACCUUUUCUCUUCACUCCAAAAAUGAAGUCAUUACCCUUACUUAAUUGAAUUUGAGAAAGUUUUUACAAGCAAUUUAAUCUAUUUCAUUCAAAUUAAAACAGUUUAAUUGAGCCAACAUAAUUUAGUUGGAUUAGGUCAAAUCAGUGCAAUAUAGUUGGUUUAACUCAACUUUAUUAGAUUCAUCUAACUUAUUUUGUUAUGUUGGUCAAACAUAUUAAUUUACUAAGGUUUAUUUAAUUAAUUGUCAUAUUUUAGUCCAAAUUCAUUUCUUUUUUUAAUUGUCAGUAUAUGCUAGGUGAGCAAGUGUAAGGAUAGUGAGACUGUUGCACUGUCAGUUUGAUAGCAACUGCUUAAAGAGCUAAGUAGCAUUCAAAUCAAACAUCACUUAAAAGUGCAAGUCCUUCCUCAACCAAAGCACAAGUACCAGUUUUCACCACAAUGGUAACCCCCAAACACUAGCUAAACAAACACUACUUUAUAUACUAAAUUAUAAAACAGGCCAGUAAACAUGAACAAAACUCAUUCUGUUCUUAUCUUGCUAAAAAUGAAUUAAAUAACAUUUGUUCACGCCAUCUAGUCCCCUGCAAAGCAUGCUGGAAAAUGGAAAUCCCCUGGCCAGUUUCCUCUGUGAGAUUAGGCUGGUUUCAUCAAUGCUACAAAAAAUAUUCAUGUAAACCUUACUCGAAUGGAUUAAGUAAACUUUAAUUGUACAAAUUUGAUUGAAUUUAACCUAAUGAAUUUAAGUUAAGACAAAAUGUUCUAGAAAUGUGUUGCUUUAGUUCAUUUUAAUUAAGUGAACAACCUGCAAAAAUCAAUUUUUUUGAGUGUUGUAAUUAUCAGUUGUUAAGUAAAACAGACAAGUAUUGGUGAAUAAUAGUGGGCCAGUUGCCAUAGUGACCGCCCACUUUAAUCAACUCAUGCGUAGGGGAUGAAAUAAUGUAAUUAAAUUGAGUUAUUUUUAUUUGACCGACUUAGGGAAAAGGUACAGCACAAACUGUAAAAGUCAAAACAGUAUCAUUUAGGGGUGUGACAUUGAAGAAUUAACCGCCAAUUGCUAAUGGCACCAGCAACUGUGUAAGCAGAAUAUUUGGUGUUGCUGAUUGCACAAUGUGUUAGUAAAAAUCCAGUAAAGUCUGAGGUGGCCCAUUCCCAAAUAUUAGAUACUUUCAUUCACAACAUGACUAUUCUGAGGAGUCCCAAAUUUAGCUGAGUCUCUAUUUGGAUAUAAAUAGAUAUUAGCUGGUCUCUGGUGUGAAUGUGUGCUGUGAAUGUAUUUGAGGGUUUGUUGCAAAUAUGGAUAGAAACUAAAUUUGUUGUGUAGAGUUGUGUGUUGUUCUAUUUAGUGCUGCCUUUUUUUAAAUACAAACAUUACUGUAGAAUCCAGUGCUAAGCCCAAAGGCAUUAAUUUAUUACAGCCAAACAUACUGUAUGUUACUCAGUAGACUCACACAAUGAUUUUGUAAACUGUCACUCCUCUGUAAAUGUCAGAGGUAUCAUAUCUAAUAAAUUCUUCCUC